GCAUUGUUGUGGUUACAUGUCACAGAAGUAAUAAGAAUUAGUAAAAACCAAAAUCGAAUUCAUAUUAUUCUUGUAACGCUACUUAUUUUCUACGAAUCCUAAUUACUCGUAAAUUAGCUAAUGUAAUUCAAGCAACCAUAUAAAUGGGGACCCCAACUAACUCCUAAACCUAAAAACUUAAAUUCUCCUGCCCGACCGUGGUCCAACGCUAUAGUCAACACCGGAGUCAAGCGCGUGAGCUUCAACCGCGUCCGGACAAAUUAAAAAAACCUAGCAGAAGUGAGCUGUGUGGGACCCCACCAGCCAUGUGCUCUCCUUCCUGUCUCCACCAGCCUAGCUUCCUCUCAAAUCAUUACCUCCUUCUUCUUCUUCUUCUUCUUCUUCUCCUCGAGAGAGAGUUAGAUAGUGAUAACGAAAUCCUAAUUCCAUGGCCGACAACGACGGAGCAGUGAGUAACGGCAUCAUAGUCGAGCAGACGUCAAACAAAGGACCUCUUAACGCCGUUAAGAAACCACCGUCUAAAGAUCGACACAGCAAAGUUGACGGAAGAGGAAGAAGGAUUCGUAUGCCAAUCAUUUGCGCAGCUCGAGUUUUUCAAUUGACCAGAGAGUUAGGUCACAAGUCCGAUGGUCAAACCAUAGAGUGGCUUCUCCGUCAAGCUGAGCCUUCUAUCAUAGCCGCCACUGGAACUGGCACUACUCCGGCGAGUUUCUCCACUGCUUCUCUCUCCACUUCUUCUCCGUUUACUCUCGGGAAACGUGUCGUCAGAGCGGAGGAAGGAGAAUCCGGCGGCGGAGGAGGAGGAGGGUUAACAGUGGGACACACAAUGGGGACUUCGUUAAUGGGUGGUGGUGGUUCUGGUGGGUUUUGGGCUGUUCCGGCGAGGCCGGAUUUCGGACAAGUCUGGAGCUUUGCAACCGGAGCUCCACCGGAAAUGGUUUUUGCGCAGCAGCAGCAACCAGCUACACUCUUCGUCCGCCACCAGCAGCAACAGCAAGCUUCCGCCGCCGCAGCAGCUGCAAUGGGUGAGGCUUCAGCAGCUAGAGUUGGGAAUUAUCUUCCGGGUCAUCAUCUCAAUUUGCUUGCUUCUUUGUCUGGUGGAGCUAACGGGUCGGGUCGGAGGGAAGACGACCACGAACCACGUUGAGAAAUGGUAUUGUCUUUUUGGUAAUGUAUAGAAAAAUUCCUAUGUUUUAUGUCAUCGAAAGUGUUUAGAAAGUACCUCUAAUUUGCGGUUUCUUUUGCUCCUUUUUUACUUAAUUUAAGCUUAUUGCUUGUUUGAUUAGGGUUUUAGGGUUUAAGAAUAUUUGGUCUCGUUAAUUUGUUUCGGAGAGUGAUAGAAAGAGAGAGAGAUUGAUUGAUUGUUGUACCUAAAACGCUAUAAAAGCUCUGUUUUUACUAGCGAAACAGAGAAGUCGUUUAACUAGUGAUCAUUGCCAUUCAAUCAAGUCUCUUUAGAAAACUAAAGAAACAGCAAAAGAAACAAAUUUGAAGUUGUCCCGUUAGUUUUAAGCAUGAAUUCUAUUAUGGUUCGUUCGUUAAUGAAGUUGUCCCACUAUUUACUCUUUCGUAGUAAAGGAAACAAAUUUGAAC